AUGGAUAUGGAGAUGGAAGGCGAGAAAAUCUUCGAGGUCGACCUCGGUAACCUAAUGGCGUCCGACUCUCAUCACGCAUUUCCCUCCCAACAACAAUCCAGGGUUGAACUGGUGAACGAGUGUUUGCAGAAAGGUACUGAGUUAGUUCAAGCUAUUGCUGAUUCUCUCUUUACUUUGCCAUCUACUGAAGAUAUUGAUGGACCACUUGUUAAGUUGCCUCCACCAACUACCAAAUUACCCAGAGAGAAACAUUUGCCAAGGCCUAAGCCUCCGACUAAAUGGGAAGCUUUUGCACAAAAGAAAGGCAUUAAGAAUAGGAAGAAGGACAAGGUUGUAUUUGAUGAGCAAUCUGGAACCUGGAAACGCAGACAUGGAUAUGAUCGUGCCAAUGAUGAAGAAGCUAUACCUAUUAUUGAAGCUAAACCAACUGAUGAUCCAGAUGAGGAUCCUUUUGCCAAAAGAAGAGAAAACAAAAAGGGAAGAGUUGAUAAACAGGAGAAAAAUCGGCUACAAAACUUGAAGAAUGCUGCAAAGUUUGGGGCUUUACCCAGCCAUGUUCAGUUGGCUGCUACAUCUUUGCCCAUAACAGGAACACAGGCAGCACCAAAGAAAGCUACCAAGGAUGAAUUGGGCAAUGUAGCAGGAAUUGCAGCAACUGCCACAGCUAGUGGUGGGAAAUUUGACAAGAAAUUGCCAGGAGAAAAACCUGCACAACAUAAAGGAAAAUACCGAAAGUUCUUGCCGGUGGCAGAAGGAACAGGGAUCGGAUCAAUGGAGAGGGAGCAAACUGAAAAAAUAUUGAACAAGAUCAUGUCCAAGAAUAACCACGAUAUACUCAAUGUUAACAAGGCUGUAACAGUGCACAAUGUGAAGAAAGAGAAAAACAGGAAGAGUGAUAAAUCCAAGGCUUCAUCAAGCAACAAAUUGAAACCUCAAAAGAAGUCUUUUAAGAAGAAGGGACAUGCAAAGAAAGGCAACCCAAAAGCACAGUAA